AUUUUUUUCUUCGUUGCUGAACCUAACACAACAGAGGAAGAGACAAAGAUCUUGUAGCAAAACGAACCAAAAAGAAAAGAAAGAAAAGAAGAAGGAAGAAAAAGAUGACAGCCGUUUCAGAUAAGAAAGCAUUUCCAGAGGCUAAUGUAGACAAAGAGCUGAAUCCUAGCCACAACAAAAGAGUUGAGGUUGAUUCCACUUCCUCCAGCAUUGCUGCCUCCCUCGCCAACAAGCAGGAAAAAGAGGAGGCAGAAAAGAAGAAGGCGAGCGAGGAUAAUAAGGAUCGUGCGGAAAGCUUGAAAACAACGGUCAUAAUCUCAGUGAUCUUUGCUGCUGUUGCUGGUGCUGCAUUCGGCAUCGUCAAGAAAUUGAGAGAGAGACAAACCUGAGAAUGAGCCAAAUAUAAAACCCAAAGAAAAAUCAUGGCCCAUUGAUUAGGCUGGUUAACUAUAUCUUUUACUUGUUUCUUGCUUUUGUUUUUUCCUAAAUUGAAGAGUUUUUUUUUGGAUUUUGGAUUUAUUUCAACCCUUGCUUUCUGCAGAAGUUUUUCGUAGAGAAAACUGGAAAAUCUUGCUACAGUUCAGCUGCAACAUCACCCUAGUUUAGAGUGGCAUUAGUUUGAUCAUUAUAUUGAGACGCUUAACCAAUGUCGUAAUUAGGAUGUGACAAAUGUGUUUAUCGUCCACACAAUCACGUAAGAGG